GGGGGGUCGGAGAGGCUGGGGGGCGUUUGGUUUGUAUCUCGGCGUGCCUGGUGUCUCUAGGCUGGGUGGGUGGGCUGAGGACAGUUGGAUGAUGUUCAGCAUGACCAGGUGCUGGGUGCUGUGCUUUGGCCAAGGCAGCCCCAGGCAUCGCUGCAGGCUCGGGGCAGAGUAGCUGGAAAGACCUUAUUGCUCUCUACAGCUGCCUGAAAGGAGGUUGUGGUGAGGUGAGAGUCAGCCUCUUCUCCCAGGUAACAGCGAUAGGAUGAGAGGGAAUGGCUUCAAGUUGCACCAGGGAAAGUUCAGAUUGGAUAUAGGAAAAAAAUUCUUAGAAGGAGUGAUGUGGCAGAGGCUGCCCGGGGAUGUGGUAGAAUCACUAUCCUUGGAGAUGUUCAAGAAUCAUGGAGAGGGUGGCUCCGAGGGGCAUCAUUAGUAGGGGUGGGGGUGGUGGGUUGAUGAUUGGGUGUGAUGAUUGUAGUAGAGGUCUUUUCCAACCUUAAUUAUGGUUAUUCCUAAUUCCCCUUUAUCUCAGCAUGGUGCCUGGUAGCCUCUUUCUUUUGGAUAUACUGGAGUAUGUUGAAAGCCUUGCAUGCCUGGUGAGGUGUGUUGAAUGCUACCCACUGCUGUGGCUGCCAGAGCCUGAGGAGAGAGGUGUGUCCUCAGGGAAGCUGCUAAGCUGGAGAUAAUAGGAAAUGGGCAAUCCUUUUACCAUCCUAGAGAAUGUUAUGGUGAAUGGUGAAACUUAAACAAAGAUGCUGUUUAUGCUGGUGUUAUCAUCUGGGCUGUGGUGUUCACGUGAUUUCUUGCUUUCUAUACAUCCCCUUGCUCAUAGGCCAGCUCCAGUGUGAGUGUCAGUUUUCUUUGGAGUUUUGCUCAGAAAGUAAGAGGAAUAAUCUUUGUCACAGAGUCAUGUUACUAUCAUACUUCCUUGAUGCGUAGCUUUGGGCUGCAAAAAAAAGCAGAGAGAGGAAGUAGGAAGAGAUCAAACCCAUGAAGGAGGAAUAAGCCAAGUUGACUAUCGGGCCAAGCUCUGGGCUUGUAAUUUCUGCUUUCAGAGAAAUCAGUUCCCUCCAGCAUAUGCAGGCAUAUCUGAAGUCAACCAACCAGCUGAACUUAUGCCUCAGUUUUCAACAAUUGAAUAUAUAGUGCAGCGAGGCCCGCAGACGCCAUUGAUCUUCCUGUAUGUUGUCGACACGUGCUUGGAAGAGGAGGACUUGCAGGCACUGAAGGAGUCCCUCCAGAUGUCCCUAAGUCUGCUGCCUGCUGACGCACUAGUGGGGCUUAUCACAUUUGGCAGAAUGAUUCAGGUUCACGAGCUGAGCUGUGAAGGGAUUUCUAAGAGCUACGUGUUUAGAGGCACUAAAGACCUGACAGCUAAGCAAAUACAGGAUAUGCUUGGGCUUUCAAGGCCAGCUGUCCCCAUUCAACAGGGAAGGCCUCUUCAAGCUCCAGAGCAGCCUGUUAUUUCAAGCAGGUUCCUGCAGCCAGUACAUAAGAUUGACAUGAAUUUAACAGAUCUCCUUGGAGAACUUCAAAGGGACCCAUGGCCAGUGACCCAGGGAAAGAGGCCUUUACGUUCUACUGGAGUAGCUCUUUCGAUUGCUGUUGGCUUGCUAGAGGGCACAUUUCCAAACACAGGAGCCAGAAUAAUGCUAUUUACGGGUGGUCCACCAACGCAAGGACCAGGCAUGGUGGUGGGAGAUGAAUUGAAAACACCCAUUCGUUCUUGGCAUGACAUAGAGAAGGACAAUGCAAGGUUCAUGAAGAAGGCCACCAAGCACUAUGAGACUCUGGCCAAUCGCACUGCUACCAAUGGGCAUUGCAUUGAUAUCUAUGCCUGCGCCCUGGAUCAGACUGGACUGCUAGAGAUGAAAUGUUGUGCAAACCUCACUGGAGGACACAUGGUGAUGGGAGAUUCCUUCAACACUUCUCUCUUCAAGCAGACCUUCCAGCGGGUGUUCAACAAAGGGCUCAAUGGGGAAUUUCGGAUGGCUUUUGGUGCAAAUUUGGAAGUGAAGACAUCCAGGGAGCUGAAAAUUGCAGGAGCUAUUGGACCGUGUGUAUCCCUGAACGUGAAAGGACCGUGUGUUUCUGAAAACGAACUCGGAAUCGGAGGAACAUCUCAGUGGAAAAUUUGCGGUUUGGAUCCCUGCACAACUCUGGCCAUUUACUUUGAAGUGGUAAAUCAGCACAAUGCACCAAUACCUCAGGGAGGCCGAGGGGCAGUACAGUUUGUCACUCAGUAUCAACACUCCAGCACGCAGAAACGCAUUCGUGUCACCACCAUAGCCAGAAACUGGGCAGAUGCACAAAGUCAGCUCCAGCACAUAGAAGCUGCAUUUGACCAGGAAGCAGCUGCUGUGCUGAUGGCACGGCUGGGAGUGUACAGAGCUGAGUCUGAGGAGGGACCUGAUGUACUGCGAUGGCUGGACAGACAGCUGAUCAGACUGUGUCAGAAAUUUGGACAAUACAACAAGGAUGAUCCCAACUCCUUCAGAUUGUCGGAAUCAUUUUCUUUGUAUCCCCAGUUCAUGUUCCAUUUGCGACGCUCCCCAUUCCUGCAGGUCUUCAAUAACAGUCCAGAUGAAUCUUCUUAUUACCGUCACCACUUUGCUAGGCAAGAUCUCACCCAGUCUCUCAUUAUGAUUCAGCCCAUCCUUUAUGCUUAUUCCUUCCAUGGACCUCCUGAGCCAGUGCUUUUGGACAGCAGCAGCAUUCUUCCUGACAGAAUCCUACUGAUGGAUACUUUCUUCCAGAUAGUUAUCUACCUUGGUGAGACUAUUGCACAGUGGCAGAAAGCUGGCUACCAGGACAUGCCUGAAUAUGAAAACUUCAAGCACCUACUGCAAGCUCCACUGGAUGAUGCCCAGGAAAUCUUGCAGACCAGAUUCCCAAUGCCACGUUAUGUCCACACUGAACAUGGGGGCAGCCAGGCCCGAUUCCUGUUGUCUAAAGUGAACCCUUCUCAGACCCACAAUAACCUCUAUGCAUGGGGACAGGAAUCAGGAGCCCCAAUCCUGACGGAUGAUGUCAGUCUGCAGGUGUUCAUGGACCACCUCAAGAAGCUGGCGGUCUCCAGUGCAGCGUGACUUGACUGAACCCAGAAGCACACAGAGGGAAGUUACGUAUAUCACGGUGAUGAUGGAAGUGGAACGAUUUAUUUACAUUGCCUUUUAGACUACGGUUUUUAAGUAUUAAAUGAAAUAAAUAUGUGGGGAGAGCUUAGUACUUUGCCCAUCUAGAUAUUAAUUUAUUUGUAUUCCUUUUUAUCUCUGUUGUUUACGCUACUUUUCUCAUACUGUAUCGGGAGCCAAAGUAUGUUUUAUCAGGUGUAGAGCUUAGCAGCCUUAGCUUAAUGUGUAAUGAUCUGUGGUCUGAAGUGGUGGCUUUAGGCACCCAGGGGCUGAAUUAAUGGAAAAUAAAACGGGAUAAGAAAAGUA